AUGAUUUCUAUUCUAUAUACCAUCUUAUUUCUUCUUGGUAAAUUCCGAAUAGAUGCAGAGAUAUCUGUAUGUGCUGGAAAAAAUGCAACUAGUUCAUAUGUUGUUAACUAUUGCGCAGAACAAGGUGGCGAAAUUAAACUUCGAUGCUGUCUUUCAUCUGAAAACGAUACAUUUAUAGCGAUUGAUUCGACAGACUCAGAUUACACUUCAGUUCCUGAUUUCUUUCAAGAUAUAAAUUUCAAUUUAAGUGUGGUUGAUUUGCGUUCAAAUCCUGAACUUACACCAGCAAAUAAAACUGAUUUUCUUACUUUGCAGUAUCUUAAUACGCUUAUUUUACCUGAACAAUUUGAUUGCCCAGGCGGAUAUGAUGUAUGGGAGAACAUUACGAAAACAAAUACAAAUGAUUCAUUGCCAGUUGGGAAUCUUUGUAUUGGGCAAAAAAAUUAUUGCUCAAAUGCAAUAGAUGUAUGUGUUCAAGAAAACUCAGAUUGUAUUCCAAAUGGACCAAAUUUUUUUCUAUGUUUAUGUAAAAUUAAUUAUCACGGUUACAAAUGUUUGCGAUAUGGAAACUUUCCAAGUGGAAUAUUUUUUGGCACAACUGCUUGCGUAACUAUUGUUGCGAGUGCCUUGCUUUAUUGGACACAACGACGACAUGUUAAAAAAUAA